UUUCUACGAUGUUACAUUAAAAAAGUUUAUUGUCUUUGUCAAGUGGUUGAUGAAAACAUUAUGUAUUACCGUCACUAAACGUAAACAGUAACAAAUAAUUCAAACGUAGUUUUUUCUACAUUCUUUUCUCAUCACUUCUUCGUCCUCCAAUCUCCAUUUUUCAUUCCAAAAUCAAUCAUCAUCUUCUUCUCCACUACUCCUUUUCUGCAUAAAGACAUCAAAGACUCAUCUUCAUCCUUCCACCAAAGAUUCAUCGUAUUCGUCAGAGGAGGAGGAGAAUCUCUUAAUUUUCUUCCUUCACUAUGUUAAUUCAUAACUACUUGAGAAUAAUAUUCAGGACUUCAAUAAACACUUCAACCUCUCCAACAACAACACAUGAACCUUCAACUUUCCAAGUCUCAAUCAACCUAUCAAGCACACCCUAACCUUUAUUGCUAUAAUUUUCUUUCACCUAGAACAAAAUCCUUCACCCAAUUUCUAACAAUUUCACGCGUACAACAAAGAGGGGGUAGAAGAUUGGAUACCGAACGAAAAGUGAGGCAUCGAGACACACCGUGAUGGAGACGCAAUAGAGCCUCUCUGUCUUUGAUUUGUUGUGAACUUAUAGGGUAGCAGAGAAACAGGUGGAACUACGCGCAGGUGAAUCGCAGUGACAGCGACUGUGGUUGUCGCUGUUGAUGAUCUAAUCGUGGCGGUGACGCAGGAAUUCGAGAUUGGCCGUUUGGUGGUGUCGCCGGAGAUGUAGAGGAGGAGUUUCGUGAGUUGAAGGGGGUAAAAAGCAAAGGUUCGUGUGAUGAUGGCGGCAGCUCUAGCUCCGAUUGACGUCACCGGAUACACCCUGACCGGCUGUGAGAAGCGCAACCAUGCUGGACCUGGAAGAAGGAAGAAACCCAUGUCGGCGACGUUCGCAGCUCCGGUCUCCUCGAGGUGAGGUUGCAGUGCCCUGUUUUCACGGUUUGAAGAUCUGAAAGAAGGAAGAGGUGCGGCGACGACGCCGGCAAGGUUUUCCGGUGACCACUGGUGCCGCCGCCGAUGAUUCUAGCGAACUGGAGUAGGGACGAUGGCUGCCCCUGGAUGCUGGUGUUGGGGUUUCGUGAGGCCAAAGGAGAUGGGGGUGGAGGUGCGCGAUUCCUCGGGUCAACGGCGUGGCAACGGCCAGGCGGAGGAGAUGCUCGGCAGAAGUGGGUAGCGGCUGCCGGAGAGAUGAAAUGUGUGGAAACCAAGGAAUGGAUAAGAGAGGAGGAGGCCUCUCUCUCAGGCCCGAAGAAUGAGCUUGGUGUAUUUGGGCCUGGGAAAAUUUGAUUUUUACACCUACCAACUGAUGUUUUGCACCUUCAUAUUGAAAUUGAUUGCAACAUUGAAGUAUCAAACAAAGUUUUGGAUCGAAUAACUCAAUAAGCUUCUGACAAAUGAUAUGUUCGUUAGCGUGUAUCAUCGGGUCCUAUCGAAGGAUAUCGGGCCCAGAAUUUCAGUAGCAAGCUUCUUUAAAAGCCCAUUUUCAAAAAAUGCAUCAACGAUUGUUGGUCCAAUAAAAGAAUUGUUAUCAAAAGACAAUCCACCAAUAUAUAGGGACACUACUAUAGAAGAUGUUACAGCUCACUAUUUUAAGAAAGGCCUUGAUGGAAAUUCUUCCUUACAUCCUUUUAGGUUACGCAAUGGUUGAGAAUUCUACCGUGGCGACUUUGGUUCAUUUGGAGCACCCUUGCCUUUAGUGUGUAUUUUAUCACGGUUAACUUGUGCCUAUGACUUGGAUAAUUUCAAUUUAUUGUGAAUUUUAAGUAAACAACAUCAAGCUCCAUAGGCAAAACAAGAAUUUGCAGUUUUAGCUAGUUUUCCAAUAUGAUGGUAACAAACACCAACAACUUAGACUCAGAGUCAAGUCACAAUUUUACUUAUGAUAGAACAGCUGAAGUCAAAGCUUUUGAUGAUACAAAACUAGGUGUGAAAGGCCUAUUAGACUCUGGUGUAACAAAUAUCCCACGUAUGUUCCAUCAUGAAAAAUUAAACAUGCAUGAGAUCUCAAAAGAAGACUCAAAGUUAUGUGUCCCCAUCAUAGACCUCCAAGACAUAGAAACAAACUCAUCCCUACGUGCUCAAGUAGUUGACAAGAUUCGAAGUGCAUGCCAGAAAUGGGGAUUUUUUCAGGUGAUCAAUCAUGGUGUUGGUGUUGAAGUGUUGAAUGAGAUGAUAUGUGGAAUUCGUAGGUUUCAUGAACAAGAUGCGGAGGUAAGGAAAACCUUUUACUCUAGAGAUAACAAUAAGAAAGUCAGAUACUUUUCUAAUGUGAACCCUUUUAGAGGCAAGGGUGCUAAUUGGAGAGACACAAUUUCAUUUUUUCUGACUCCUGAUCCUCCCAAUCCAGAAGAAAUACCAAUAGUAUGCAGAGACAUUGUGAUUGAAUACUCAAAGAAAGUAAGAACUUUGGGGGAUACAAUCUUUGAGCUAUUCUCAGAAGCACUUGGCCUUAAUCCUUCUUAUCUCAAAGAAUUGGAAUCUUCUAAUGGACAAUUUCUUUUGGGUCACUACUACCCUGCUUGCCCUGAACCAGAAUUAACUUUGGGCACUUCUAAGCACACUGAUAGUGACUUCAUGACAGUUCUUCUAGAAGAUCAUAUGGGUGGUCUUCAAGUUCUUCAUGAGAAUCAAUGGGUUGAUGUUCAUCCAGUGCAUGGAUCUCUUAUUGUAAACAUUGGGGAUUUUCUGCAGCUCAUAACAAAUGGUAGGUUCGUGAGUGUUUAUCACCGGGUCUUAGCGAGGAACACAGGCCCCAGAAUUUCAAUAGCAAGUUUUUUCAUAAACACAUCAACACGUGGUACAUCAAAAGUUGUAGGUCCAAUAAAGGAAUUGUUAUCAGAAGAAAACCCUCCAAUUUAUAGGGACACUACUAUUAGAGAAGUGAUGGCACAUUACUUUGAUGAGAAAGGCCUUGAUGAGAAUAUUCCCUUGCAGCCUUUUAGGUUGUGAAGAAAAUGUUGAGAAUUAGAUUGGAACACUCUUGAUUUGUGUGCUUUUUAUGGACUAAGAUUUCAUGAUUUUUCAUUACCUUGUGAAUUUUAAAAAUGUUGCGGCAAAUCAAGUUCUAUACAGAUAGAACACGUCAAAGACAUUUUUUAUUAUUGUGAAGAAAGAUUGGUGUGUAUAUUGUUCUCAUUGUGAGAUUAUUUGUAUGUAACCCUAAUGAAUGAAUAAAUGUGUGUAAACAUAAUGAUAUUACAACUUCAUAA